UGGAUCGAGUCCGCGUUCAUCUAACGCUCCCAUUUCUCAUUUCUGCGUCUCACUUCCCGUCCGUCCUCAAACCCUAACGUCAUCCCUGUCUCCACCUUGACCCUCGUCAUCGGAUAUGGCGAAGCGCAGGGCAGCGGCGACCUCGAAGAAGAGGAAAGCUUCUUCCGAUGCAGAGAAGAGGGAGGAGGGCGGCACCAUCGGCGGCCCGAGCGAGUCGCAGGAGGAAAUAAAAAAGGAGCCGAAGAGAGCCGGCGCCAAAAGGAGGCGUGUCAAUGCGCCGAAUCCGAAGACUGAGUACUUCCCCGAGAAGAGAAACAUGGAAGAUCUUUGGCAAGCAGCUUUUCCUGUCGGAACGGAGUGGGAUAACAUGGAUAAACUGUGCGAGAUAAAUUGGUGUUUUUCAAAUUUAGAGAGUGCAUGUGAUGAGGGAGGAGAGCUUCAUGGGAAGACAGUCUACUUGUUUGGAAGCACAGAGGCUCAAAUGUUAAAUGUGAAUGGCAUUGAGAAAGUUGUGCUUAUUCCCAUUGUGGUGGCUGUGGAUUCUCCAAUCCCACCAUCUGAUAAGAUUGGUGUAAAAUCUGUUCAAAGGGAGAAAGAAGAUGUAAUAUCCAUGAAGACUAUGAAAAUGGAAUGGAUUCCAUAUAUUCCUCUAGAAGAUCGUCUACGUCAGGUUGAUAAAUUGAAGACUCAAAUAUUUACAAUGGCUUGCACCCAAAGAAGAGCUGCUUUAAAACAUCUGAGGAUUGAGCGUGUUAAGCAAUAUGAUUAUUGCCUUCCUUAUCUUCAAUCAUUAAAAGCUGAUGAAGAUGAGGAUGAUACAGUGGUUAAUAUCAUGUUUCCUCUAGAACCUCCGAUCGUUUGUGAUUUUGAUUGGGAAAUGGAUGAAAUUGAGGAAUUCAUUGAUAAUCUUAUUAAAGAGGAGGUUUUGCCAGAAGAUAAGAAAGAUGAGUUCAAGGAGUAUGUGAAGCAACAGGUUAGAGAAAGGAGGAAUGCACUGCGACAGGCAAAAGAAGCCAGGAAAAAAGCUAUAGAAGACAUGGAUCCAAAAACCAGAGAUGCUAUGGAAAAUAUGAAAUUUUACAAAUUCUACCCUGUUCAAACAGCUGAUACUCCCGAUGUCAGCCAGGUCAAGGUAUCAUAUAUAAACAGGUACUACGGGAAAGCACAUUUCCUGAGAUAGCUAUCUCAACAAUGAACUCAACUGCCACACUUAAAACCCCAUGAAGGCAAUAAACUUUCGGAAACCUGAGAUUACUUUUUUUUGUCCCCCUAAAAAAAUGUUUCAAGUUUUUGCGUUAUCUGCAGGGAUAUGAGUGAGGCCUUAGAUUUUGAGAAUAGCUAAUCCAUCCGACACCAAAUGGUGUGAAGUUAUCUGUAAGCUGCAGUUUUGCACAACUUCAAUAAGUUAUUUUUUGACCUACAACAGAGAUUUUCAUAGCAGUAUCUUUUCGAUACACAACAGAACAUUGUAUCACUGUUAAUUUUGGAAACAGAAGAGGCAAUUUCUCAUUCACUAUGGGAACAAAAAGCCUUUACAGUUGCUUAAUGAUGGGUUAGUAUAACUGUAGGUUUUACCUCAUCCAUUUCCCUCAUUUCCACAAUUUGAAAAUGAUGGGUCUAUUUCUUUACCCAAACAAAAACUAGAUUAAAUUCUUAAAA